CGUCAUCUUGACAGUUGGAACGGGGAAAUUGUCAAUUUCUGCAGAAAAGAAAAACCAUCAACAUAUUUUCUUACAGUUACAGAAUUAAAUAUGCAGAAAUAUGAAAAACUUGAAAAAAUUGGUGAAGGGACAUAUGGUACAGUCUUUAAAGCUAAAAAUAGAGAAACUCAUGAAAUAGUCGCACUUAAGCGAGUUAGACUGGAUGAUGACGAUGAAGGAGUUCCAUCAUCAGCAUUACGUGAAAUAUGCCUACUUAAAGAAUUAAAGCAUAAAAACAUUGUUCGUCUGUAUGAUGUGCUACAUAGUGAAAAAAAGUUAACUCUAGUAUUCGAACAUUGCGACCAGGAUUUAAAAAAAUAUUUCGACAGUCUAAACGACGAAAUAGAUUUAGACGUAGUCAAAUCUUUUAUGUAUCAACUUCUUCGGGGGCUUGCUUUUUGCCACAGUCAUAAUGUGCUUCAUCGUGACUUGAAACCUCAAAAUUUAUUGAUAAACAAAAAUGGAGAAUUGAAAUUAGCAGACUUUGGUCUAGCCAGAGCUUUUGGUAUUCCUGUAAAGUGUUACUCUGCUGAAGUAGUUACUCUCUGGUACCGACCACCCGAUGUAUUGUUUGGAGCAAAACUUUAUACAACAAGCAUUGAUAUGUGGUCGGCAGGUUGUAUUUUUGCAGAAUUAGCUAAUUCUGGGAGACCACUUUUCCCUGGUUCUGAUGUUGAUGAUCAACUAAAGAGGAUUUUUAAAUUACUUGGAACACCAAAUGAAGAUACUUGGCCUGGUGUUACUCAAUUGCCUGACUACAAACCCCUGCCAGUGUACCAACCUAGUCUAGGACUAGCUCAGGUAGUUCCAAGGCUGCCAGCAAGAGGCAGAGAUCUAUUAGCUCGUCUUCUGACCUGUAACCCAGCAUUAAGAAUGCCAGCCGACGACGCCAUGGCCCAUGCCUACUUCCACGAUUUGAAUCCAUCAGUCAAGAACGACAGAUGUUAACAAUCAAUUCAUCCAUACAAAUGUACCUCCGAACUUCUGUUUAGUGAUAAAAAUAAAGACAACGAGGUGCAAGAGUGUUGUGAUGAAGAUAUGUAAAUUAUUUAAUUUUACGGACCUAAAUAGUAAAAAUCAGUUAUAGACUGCCAUUACCGAUUUAAUAGCUCUAAUAUAAUAGCUCUUUUUUAUUUAUUUUAUUGUCACCGCAUGACUACUUCAACUGACCUUUAUAAUACAACAAUUACACUGACUGAAUAUUAGAUAUUCAUGAUCAUAAAAAAAUUAUUGAAUUGUAAGUUUUAUGCUAGUAGAAAAUCAUAGCUAUAAAUAGAACUAAUAAUAUAUGGUAGAAUAUUGUUUGUUUUAACGUAGCUUAGACAUUUUGUAAUGAAUUGUAGAUACUUCGGAUAAUUGAUGACAAACAUUGCAUCAAUUGAUAUUGUAAUAAACUAUAAUUUUGCUCCGAAUUAUGAUCUCAGGAUGUCCUUGUAUACAUAGCUAUAAGUAAUUUGUUAUAUAAUAUAAGAAUAAGAUAUUUGGGUUCAUUGGACCGAAUAAAUUUUAUGACUGUCAUAGUAAUAAAGUUUUAUAGGUAGAGUAGUCAAUAAAUUUGUGUUUAGUAUAAA